CAAAAGUAAAAUCAAACAUGUACAUAAUAAAAUUGUAAACAAUAAAAUCACAAAAGCAUUAAAAUAAUUAAAAUACAUAAAAUAUAAUUAAAAUACAUAAAAUACACUAUACACACACACACACACUUAUAGGGAGUGGUACUAAACUGGACUACAAGGGUAAAAUUUAACGUAGAUUUAUCAAGUUCAAGGUGCUGCUUUUGGUGUACAAAGCCCUGUACCUUGGGACCAAGAUACCUGAAAGAUCAUCUUACCCCUUAUAUACCCAGUUGAUCACUACGCUGUGCAGACAUGGAUCCUGAAGAUGCUGAAGAGCUAGCAGCUGAGUUGCAUGGAAAGGCUAUGGGUGUCUUGGACCUUUUGCAGAUUGCAACAGGCGCUGGCUUAACUGCCUAUGUUGUGUGGGCUGGAAUUCUCAUGCCAGGAUUCCGCAGUGUGCCUUUGAAAUUACAGGUGCCAUAUGUCCCGGCAAAUGCCAGUCAAGUGGAGAAUGUGAUGUCGCUGCUGAAAGGGCGCUCUGGGAAGAUGGUGGAUUUAGGCUCAGGAGAUGGCAGAAUUGUACUAGAGGCCUACAAACGAGGCUUCAGGCCAGCUGUUGGCUACGAGCUCAAUCCAUGGUUGUUGCGACUGUCCCGCUAUCGUGCCUGGAAGGCCGGGUGUUCCAGAAAAGUUUUCUACUGUCGGGAAGAUCUUUGGAAGGUGAAUCUGUCAGACUGCAAGAACGUCACUGUGUUCCUGGCACCCAGUGUGCUGCUGCUUCUGGAAAGAAAGCUGCUCGUGGAACUUCCAGAGGAGGCCCGCGUGGUUGCUGGACGCUUUCCCCUCCCCAGCUGGACACCCACCAGCAUGGCUGGGGAAGGUCUGAAUCGAGCCUGGGCUUACGAUAUGAAGACUGUACGGCAAGCCCAGCUGGACAAACCAGAGGGAAGCCCGGUAUAGCAACCUGCCAGCUUGGGAAACCCGCGUGCAUUUUGCAAGACAGGCAAGGGCUGUUUCCGGCUGCUGGGAAAGCAAAUGGGCUUCUUUCGAAUUGCUAAGCUUAACAGCCCCUUUCAACCUCCAGAGGGAAGCAGAGAGGAACAAGGAAAUGAUUUGUCGGGAGAAAUCACCUGGUUUGGGCUCCCCCGCCCAAUUAGAAUCCUGAAACUCCCAAGAACCUUUGCCAAAAGAUUGGCCAUAUUUGUCUUUUCGUUAUGGGUCAGUGUAUAUAUUUUGUUUGUUAAUGAUGAACUCUCGCAAUACAUAUUUUUCUACUCAUCUCUGUUUGCCGUACAGUGGCCAGCUUCAGCGAAGAUCUGGCUUCUUUGAGGUUGUGACCCCAUCUCAUGCCUCGUCAUGGAGUUUGUGUUGGGAAAGACAGGAGUUUGAGAUCCUCAGUUUGAGAUACUGAUUUAUUUUACUCACUAGGUGUGUGUACUGAUUCCCCACACAGUGCGCUGGUUUACAUGUAACACUAAACCAUGGUUUAGCAUUGUCUAGGUGAGCCUCCAUUAGCUCAAGAAAGUGUUCACACACUCCGCUGUCCAUGAGGCCGGGAGGAGGACUUUGGCUGAAUUAAGCUUUGCUUUCAAAGAAUCUCAUACCAAUCAGGGAGCCUAGUCUGUAACAGCCAACGGUUAGUGACUAAACGAACCAACUUCAAGCUCUGGGUUAUGAAGCUGGUUGUUGAAUUAGCCAUUUCACUGGAGCUCCUAAUGAGCAUCUGAACAUCAGCCAGUAAUGCAGGUUGCUUGGAGCAAGACAGAAAGGGGAGAGGGCAUCAUGCAAAUAUCAAAAUAAGAAAUGGGUGGCUUGCAUUUGGAACCUGAGAGCCCACUGAGUGUCGUGAAUCGAGUGUGUGAGACCAGGGUUCAGCUCCUUACUCCACCAUGACUAUCGGAGAGUGACCUUGCACCAGCCAGUGUUUCUCAUCUCAGCCUACCUCCCAAGGCCACUGUGGGACAGGUUGUGGUGGAGACACAACCCUGUGCACUAUGACUCCGAACUCCUUGGAGGAAGGCUUUUAAAAGAAGCAAUCAAAGAAAUGGUUGCUGAAAGACUUCCAUAAGCUACGUGCUUCCUGUCUGGGGGAUGGAAGUACUCCCAACUAAUCUAAUAUUGGUUAUAACUUACAAGUCCUUUUCGAUGCUGGUCCAUCUUAUUUAAAGAAUAGACUUUCUCUUCUUGGAGAAGGUGGUCACACCAGAUCCUCAGCUGUUAGAUCUCUUGUUGUUCCUUCAAUUAGAGUGGCCAAAUUAGCCGGCACUAGGUCUAAAGCCUUUUGUAUCGCGGCUCCCUUACUAUGGAAUACCUUGCCAAUUGCCAUUCGCCUAGCGCCAUCACUUUUGUGUAUUAGGAAGCAGCUGAAAACCUGGCUUUUUGAUUAGGUAGGAGGUGCAAUUUGUCAUGCUGGGUAGUUGAAGGUGUGGUUCUGGCCUUUUGUUUUCCUGAUUUUUAUUGGAUUUAAUUGACUGUUCUGUAUUUUGUGUUUUGACAUUUAUUAUGUAUUAUACUUUUAUUGUACGUCGCCUAGAGUGACAGGAUUCUACCUGCCAGAUAGGCGUCUAAUAAAUUUUAGAUAAUAAUA